GCCCUCUCCGCCCGAGUUCGAGUCCUCCGACGCGUACCUCGCCCUCCUCGCCCGCCUCGCCCGCACAGAGGCGCAGGUCGCCGCCCUCUCCGCCCAGGUAGCCACCCUCUCCGACCUCGUGCGCUCAGCAAUCCCCGCCCGCACCACCAGCACCCUCCCCGCCCCCUCCCCCCCGAAGCGGCCCCUCUUCUCCCCCUUUGACUCUGACUCCCCGCGCACCGCCUCCUCGGCCUUCUCCGCCCCGCCCAACAGCUAUCUCUCCGCCCCGCCCGAGACCCCGACCGGCGCCCCCCCCGCCCAGCAAGCCGACCCCUCACUCUCCGCCCUCACACAGCAGAUCACCGCCCUCUCCACCUCCGUCGCCCAGCUCCAGCGCCUCCAGCACACGCAGACCCAGCAGCAGUCUCUUACCCGCCAGCCGUCUUCCUCCAUCGCUCCGCCUCUUCACCCGCAACAGCCCCAACAGCCCCAACAGCAGCAGCAGCAGCCGGCCCAGCAGCUUGGCUCCUCCAGCCUUGGCGGCGACAGACACCCCGGACCUUUGUCCCUCGGCGUACCCCGUCUGCCGUCUGGCGGAAUUGACAGCUUCCUCGGCAAUAAUGGUCCGCUGACAAUGCCAAACUCCCAACCGGGUGGAGUGAGCGGUGCUAACGCUUCUUCCAUGUCUUUCGCCCGCGCUCCAUCUCCCAACCCGAAUCGCCCGGGGAUGAACAGAUCUUUCUCCAGCUCUGUUGUCCUGGCUGACGGGAGGGGCGCCCAUGGUCAUGGGCAUGGACUUAGUCAUAAUGGCAGUCACGGACAUGCUCAUCUAUCGCCUGGCCACCUUUCGUUGGGUGCACAUGGGCAUCAGCACCAGCUUGCACACGGUCAUGGCCUCCAUAGUCAUGGACCUAGUGCGCUGAGUAGGGACUGGCCCAGUCCCGGUGGUCAGCAGCAAGUCCAGUCCGGGCAGAAGGAUGGGCUGACUACGCCCGGAGGAGCGGCGGUGCCCGGUGGGGGGAUUGUCGUGAGUAAAUGGGAGCAUUUGAACCUGAAAGUCGAUCUGUUGAGGUCAAUCUCCAAGUAUGGAAUCGGUCCUCCCAACAAGAUCCAAACAAGGGUUUUGCCGUUUAUGAUUAAAGGUUCCGACAUUAUCGCCCAAGCUCCUCCCACUACUGAACGAAUCAUUUCUUACGUCAUUCCCGCGCUGCAUAUUUGCCAGAGUCUGCCGCCUCCUUCUGGGCCUUAUGUCGGCCCAGCGGUGGUGAUCAUCACCACAACCGUUGAUCAAGCUAUGCAAUGCCAUAAACUGGUCCGAGGUGUGGGUGGACCGAUAGGUAUCCGCGCAGCUGUUGCAGCUGGCGCGGCGGGAUCCAGCAACGUCCAAAACGAAAUCGCGCAGAUGCAGAGAGAUCAGAUUCACCUUCUUGUCGGUACACCCGCCAAAAUAUGCGAGGUUAUGACUGCGCGGGGUGGACUAGGUGGAGGAGAAGUCAGACUGUUGAUCCUUGAUGAAGUCGACCAGCUCAUUGCUCGAAACUUGUACGAAAACGUGUUGAACGUUGUCAAACAUUUGCCUCCUCCUCGCGGCUUGGGCGGUGCGCUCACCCCUGGUGGACCACCCCCCUUCUCUCCCGGGCUUGCAAGCCCAUACGACGCGGGCCAGCAUUCGCCGUUCAACCCUGCUAGCAAAACGCCGUUCCCGAAUCCUAAUGCUUCUCAUCACCCUUCACGAUUCGGUGCUCCUGGACAGGGUGCGGUGGGACCUUCUGGUGCAGGUGCAAGUGCGGCUGGAGCUGGAGCUGGAGCAGGAGCAGGAGUUGGAGGGGAAUCGACGGCGAGCGCCGGUACGAACGGUAACGGUAUCGAACGACAAACGUGUUUAUUCUCCAAUACCAUUCCUACGGACGUGAUCAACUUUUCUCAGUCUCUUCAGGUGCGUGACCCUGUCCGCGUCCUCGUCCGCCGCGAAGGGGGAGCCAACUCUCAAGAAUCCGUUUCCUCCGUUACACCCGGUGUCAACCUCAAACACACCUAUGUCUACUUGACCAUCACCGGUAGCGCACAGCAAUCGGGUGCGGCGCCCGCCUCUGUAGAGCUUGGUCCGGGCACGAUCGGUUCCGGACGCAUCCAGCACGGUCAACAACAAGGUGGUAAAAGCUCCCAGCAAGUGAGCGAGGAACAAACAAGAGCGAAAGAGUAUAAACUCGACAUGCUCGUCAAAAUUCUGGACGAUUACCCCCUCUGGCAAGCCAUCAUCCACGUCGGCAGUUUCGCCAUGCUCGAAGCCGUUGUCUACAAACUCCAAACCCGCAACUGGGAAACACUCUACCUCACACCCGAGAUGCCAAACGCACAGAAAAAGGUAAUCCUGCAACAAUGGAGGCUCUCGCUUACCGGUAGCGGACCGAGGUUUUUGGUGGUGUUUGAUGUGAAUGUGAAACCGCCAGAGGUACCUUGGUCGCCGCUGGUGAUCAACUUUGAUCUACCGAGGAGUGUAGAAGGUUAUGCGCAGAGGGCCGCGGCGGCUGUACCACCGGCUUCUGCUACGGGUGGUGGUGGUGGUGGUGGAGCUUCAGGAGGGAAGAAAGGUCGAGGGGAAGGUCGUGGAGAGGGACGAGGUGAAGGAGGAGGAAGCCAAGGGCAAGCGCAGGGACAAAAUGGGCAGGUGAAUGGAGUAAUUGUCAGUUUUGUACAAGCUGCAGGGGGUGAUGUGGAGAUGCUCCGAAGUACCGAAUGUGCUUAUCGAUUCAAGUCUGCGGAGAUUCCGACAGUGUUCCAUGACCUUUUCCAGCAUUAGAGCUUUCAUCAACCUCAAUUUGCAUUGGUCUUCUUGAAAAACGACGAUUUGUACACGACGCAUAGUCGGGUUUUCAACUAUAUCUUCCCUCUUUUUUCUUUCGGUCUUUCCUUUUCUUGUUUCGGGGUCGUAUGAUGGCGCUAGAGCGAGCGCCUUUGGUUGGCCAGAGUUUCUGAACCGAAAAAAUAAUAAUCAUAAAUUAACAAAAACAACUUCUUCUCUUCUUCUCUUGUCGAAGAUACGUGUGUAGCAAGCAAAGAAUGGGUUUUCAGCUUUUGGGUUAUUAAGAUGGGAUGGGUUAUGAAGUAGAAGAAUGUACUGGGAUUGGAAGGGGUUUGAGACGUUGGGAUUUUAUCAGCAAUGUUAUUCUUUUGUGUGCAUGGUGAUAAUAGAGGCAUAGUGGUAGUAGAGCAUACGGGUGGAGCUGGUUAGAACUGAAUGGAUGUUGGUAGAGAAAGACAUCCAGGUGAUAGAAGGAAAAAUGCUCAGGAGAGAGGACGUGUAUCUAUCUAUGGAAUGAUCUUAUCGAUGGGUUUUUGCAUCUGGGUAUGAUGUAGUACAUAGUCGUUGUGCGCAAAUUUUCCUUUUUGCAAGAUGGUGCAUACAUGUGGGGCUUCUUGAUACGCAGUCAUGCAUCAGGGAACGA